AAAAACCCUUCAUAAGCAUCUUCUGUUGAGGGUGAUAAUGAGGAUCCAGUGGCAGCCCUCAACCCUGUCCAUUUCUUCUGUUUUAGGCCUUUCUGCAGAGGUCUGGCCUCAUUGCAGAUCUUCACGCCUUCUGCCAGGCUCACAGCUACGAUGCCCUGGUCGCCAUGACUAUCUUUUUCAACACUUACAAUGAGCCAGUGCGGCAGUUGGCAGUUUUCUGUCCCCACGCAGCACUCCGAGUGACGGUCUGUGGAGCCCUGGAACGCUCCCACUCUCCAUCCCUGAAGCUGACCCCUGCCCCAAGCAUCCACCCUAACCUCCAAGCCUAUCUUCAAGGCAACACCCAGGUCUCUCGAAAGAAACUUCUGCCUCUGCUCCAGGAAGCCCUGUCAGCAUAUUUUGACUCCACGAACAUCGCUUCAGGACAGCCUGAGACAGAGGGUGUGUCCAGGGAGCAGGUAGACAAGGAAUUGGACAGGGCAGUUAACUCCCUGAUUCCUGGACUGAGUCAAGAUGAGGAGGAGCCUCCACUGCCCCCCACACCCAUGAACAGCCUGGUGGAUGAGUGCCCUCUGGAUCAGGGGCUGCCUAAAUUCUCAGCUGAGGUCAUCUUUGAGAAAUGUAGUCAGAUCUCACUGUCAGAAUCUACCACUGCCUCCCGGUCUGAGAAAUGACUGCUGGGAGGGGAGGGGGAAGUGAGAGAGGUUGCUUGAACCACCCUGAAUGCAUGUUUUGAGAUGUUUCAGCAAUUUUGUCUUCAUUGUUCCAGGAUCUGGUAUACUGUUCUCAUAAACCUAGGAGGAGAAAGAAGUAAAAGAAAGCUGAGCUGGCUUUCUACCUUUUCCCCACAGUCUCUACCAAUCAAACAAAUUUUAUUAUUUAAUUUAACUCUUUAAAUCUGCUCUGACUCUCCUCUAUUUCAUUUGCCAGGGUCAUGAUGUGAUAACAUACACAGUUCCAGCAGAGUGGCACAGAAAGAAUGUGUACCCCAAAAGUGCCCUAAGUCAGGCUUUUUAACAGAACCAGUAUUUCUUAUGGAACCAAACAUUCAUUGUCUCCAGUGUUCAUUUAUUCUCUUAUGAAUUCAAGUAUUUAUUGAACACAAUACCUACUUUUAGCUUCUUCCAGUUUUUAGCCUUUAGUUGAUUUUCACCUCCAUGACUCCUCUUUCUGCCCCCAAUUAGGUGAUGGUGUCUGAUUCCCAGUUUGCUAAAUUUCUAUUCUGAGCUUAUUGUGACUGUUUCGGGAUUGUUUGGGAGCAGAUUGGAGGCCAUUAUCUUCUGUCCUGAUCAGCUGGCCUGACUCUCAGUUUCUUUGGAUCCCUCUGACUCAGAGCCACAGGGACCCUGAAAAUACUCAGAAGACCCAUGGUUCUUGAGAGUUCAGGAGACCCCUGGGAAAGCCUUAAGACCUCAUGGGCACUCUUCGCAAAAGACAGUAGAACUACAAUGAGACCCCGGCUCUGUCGAUUUCUUAUACAUCUAAUUUUCUCCUUGGGCAUAGUAGAAGGAAACAUGGAGUUCAUACCGAGUGCCAUAAACUGUGUGUCUUUUGUCCAGACACUCACUCCUCUAGAUCUCAUUUCCCUGUCUGCAAAACUGAUGUUCCCUGGUUUCUCUGAUCUGCCUGUUGCCACACCGUCCUUUCUUGCCUCUGCUUCUCUGGUUUUUUGUUAGUUUCUUUGUUUCUGUUUCCCUGGGAAUGCUCAGGGUCACUGAAUUGUCUGUUUAUUUGUGAUUGUACCAAGGUACUCAGCCUCAUGUAGCAUGUACAGGGGUAUGAUUCAUACCAUAGUGACCCAGCAAAGAGCUCCCUUCCACUGACUUGUUCUGCAUGUGUAGAGUCUCCCUUUUCUCUUCAGACCAACCUGUUCCCCCUUUUUCUACCCCACAGCUCUGUUCCCUGUAAGUUUUCAACAGUUUCGCUGAACAGUGGGGUAUGUGAUGGUUUUGGCAUGAUGUCUUUAUAUGAGGGAAACUGACUUCACUUUGAGGGGAUGUUUGUAGCCGUUGGAAGGUAAAAUAGUGACGUGAUUACUGAACCAAAGGAAUUUAUGUUUUGUAACUUGGGUACUUUUAUUUUGCAUUUUGUUAAAGUAUUAAAUACUUUUUUCCUGUU